UUGGGUAUGGUGUUUUCCGCAAGGAUGUAUUAAGAGAAUGGUUUUCCGUCUUUCAAAUUAAAAUGUAGUCGUCAAUUUGUUGUGACGUCAGAGGUCGAAGUUGAACUGGUAACGUACGUUUUAGGUAACAGGAAACGAUGGUGGUGUAACAGACGGCUAACGUUACAGCUUUUACCUCUUCAUCUUUUAUUACAGCACUGCAGGACCAGUCCUGCGCUAGCGGACAAUAGCUAGCUAGAGCUCAAAGAUGUUUCUCUCUUCAAUACGGACAACCGUUUUUUGCAGUUGCAGAAAUGCUGGCAAGGGAUUUCAACACAGCAGUCGGAGUCCACAGCUGCGACAAUGGCUUGUGAAGAGAGGUCAGAGCACUUUCACAGCGGAGGCAGGGUCCUCCUCCACCCCGGCAGCAGCUACUGUCCCCAACGUUGCCUCAAAUCGCAUAGUAGGACGCUGGUUACUCGGCUGCAGCGGGCUGGUGGUUGGGGCUAUUGUCUUGGGUGGUGUCACAAGGCUAACAGAAUCUGGGCUUUCCAUGGUUGACUGGCAUCUAGUGAGAGAGAUGAGGCCACCUCAGUCCCAAGCAGAGUGGGAGGCUGAGUUUUCCAAGUACCAACAGUUUCCUGAAUUCAAAAUAAUGAACCAUGACAUGACGCUGCCAGAGUUUAAGUUCAUCUUCUACAUGGAGUGGGGUCAUCGGAUGUGGGGAAGGCUGGUUGGACUUGCAUACAUCCUCCCUACCAUUUACUUCUGGAGGAAAGGAUACUUCACUCGCUCCAUGAAGGGAAAAGUGCUUGGGCUUUGUGGAUUUGUUUUCUUCCAGGGCCUUUUGGGGUGGUACAUGGUAAAAAGCGGACUGGAGGAGAAGCCUGAGUCUCAUGACAUCCCGCGGGUCAGCCAGUAUCGUCUGAGUGCUCACCUUGGUUCUGCCUUGUUGCUUUACUGCGCCAGUCUCUGGACAGGGCUCACUCUGCUGCUGCCUGCACAAAAGGUGGCAGAAACCAAACGUCUCAUGCAGCUUAGGAGGUUUGCCAAGGGUACUGGUGGACUCGUCUUCCUUACUGCUCUUUCAGGUGCUUUUGUUGCUGGUUUGGAUGCUGGGCUGGUGUAUAACUCUUUCCCUAAAAUGGGAGAUCGGUGGAUCCCAGAUGAUCUUCUGGCAUUCUCUCCAAGCCUCAAGAACAUCUUUGAAAAUCCCACGACUGUGCAGUUUGACCACAGAAUUUUGGCAAUCUCGUCUUUGACCGCAAUUACAGGCCUCUAUCUGUUCUCAAGGAGGAUGGUGCUGCCCAGGAGGGCUAAGAUUGCUAUCAGCCUCCUCACAGCAAUGGCAUAUGGACAGGUUGCCCUCGGUAUCAGCACCCUGUUACUGUAUGUGCCCACUCCACUGGCAGCAACUCACCAGUCUGGCUCUGUGGCUCUUCUCUCACUGGCCAUUUGGGUUCUGGCAGAGCUCCGCAAGAUGCCCAAGUAAAUGCCUGCUCCUUCAUGGACAAAUCCAAUCCCUACUAGCCACGCCUCAAGCCUCUAAGAGCUGGGAGUGUCAAUAUGAAUGAGGCCUUCAAAGAGAAAAGUGAAAAAAUGGAAGCAUUAAAACAGAAAUGUUUCAUUUAACACUGGACUAUUGUGCAUAUGCUGAAGCAUCUCUACGCUGCAAUGUAAUCCUUAUGUGGUGACCGAAUUCUUUCAUUAGUGUUAUGAAAGGAGUGUUGUUGAUAAAAAUUACAAGGCUGCCAAUGAGGAACUGACUGAAGCAUUUGUGGAUGCAUGUUCUCAUCAGAAGAUGACAACAUAAUGUGAAGUGUUUUGUUUAGCAAGGAAUUAAAGAUAUGCAAAAACAA